GCUACGACACACCAAACCAAUUGCUUCCCAAUCCCAAAAUUUUCUCGAGAUAACCUCCCUUCCUUUACUUGAUACCCCAAAGCACAUUCACAGACAGACACAAUGGUUCAGAACAAGGGUGUCAUUUUCAAGCAAGUGCCUGAGGGCUGGCCCGUCCCUGGCCAGGACAUCGCAGUCGAGGCCCGCGAAUUCGACCUCGAACAGCAAAUCCCCGAGGGUAGUCUCAUCGUCAAGAAUUUCUACGCCUCAUUCGACCCCUACCAGCGCGGCCGCAUGCGAUCUCCCGAGAAGAAGUCGUACUCCCCUCCCUUCGAGCUCGGCAAGCCCAUCACAAACCGCUCCAUCUUCAAGGUCGUCAAGUCGAACAACAAGGACUUCAAGGAGGGCGAGGUCCUGAUCACCCUCGGCACCACACCUAUCGAGGAGUACUCCCUCCUAGACGCCAACACCGUGAAGACCGUCCGCAAACUCGAAAACCCCUACAACCUGGACCCAAAGUACUUCCUCGGCCCCCUCGGCAUGCCCGGCCUGACAGCCUGGUCCUCCUUCUACGAGAUUGGCCAGCCCAAGAAGGGCGAGACAAUCUUCAUCUCCGCGGCCUCUGGUGCCGUCGGUCAACUCGUCGGCCAGCUAGCCAAGCACGAGGGUCUGAAGGUCAUCGGCUCCGUCGGUGACGACAAGAAGCUCGACUUCAUCAAGAACGAGCUCAACUUCGACGACGGCUUCAACUACAAGACCGAGAAGCCCGCUGACGCGCUCGCCCGCCUUGCACCCAACGGUAUCGAUAUCUACUACGAGAACGUCGGCGGCGAGCAGCUCGAGGCCGCUAUUAACGCCAUGAACAACUUCGGUCGCAUUGUCGCGUGCGGUAUGAUCUCGCAGUACAACCUCAAGCCCGAGGACAGCUACCCGAUCAAGAACUUGAUGCAGGUUGUUGCCAAGCGCCUCACCAUGCGCGGUUUUAUUGUUGGUGACGAGAACAUGGGUCCUAAGCACGCGAAGGAUCAUCAAGAGAAGCUGCAAAAGUGGUUGAGCGAGGGCACUUUCAAGGCGAAGAUCAGCGUCACAGAGGGCAUUGACAACGCUGUUGAUGGCUUCUUGGGUAUGCUUAAGGGUCACAACUUUGGAAAGGCGGUGCUGCAGAUUGCGGAUUUGGAGAAGGAACAGUAG